AGUUUGCAUUUUAACGGACUGACAUCAGAUUCCUUGUGUUUGAUUUUGUCCUUACCGCGGUAUAGUUUUCCACGCCAGUGAAUUCGGUUUAUAAUGCAGAAGAGGAGGAAGCCAGACCCCAUUCAACUCAACCCGAUUCCUGAUGGCAACGCUAUUAACGGAACCGGUGCCUCAGAGACGAAUCUGGAGGCCUUGCAGAAGAAGCUGGAAGAGCUAGAGUUGGAUGAGCAGCAGAGGAAGAGGUUGGAAGCGUUCCUCACGCAGAAACAGAAGGUUGGAGAACUGAAGGAUGAUGACUUUGAGAAGAUCUGUGAGCUGGGAGCAGGAAAUGGAGGCGUGGUCUUCAAGGUCUCGCACAGACCCUCUGGACUCAUCAUGGCUAGAAAGCUGAUCCACCUGGAGAUCAAGCCGGCCAUCCGGAACCAGAUCAUCCGAGAGCUACAGGUCCUGCACGAGUGCAACUCCCCUUACAUCGUGGGUUUCUAUGGAGCUUUCUACAGCGACGGGGAGAUCAGUAUCUGCAUGGAGCACAUGGAUGGUGGCUCGCUGGACCAGUCUCUGAAGAAAGCUGGGAAGAUCCCAGAGCAGAUACUGGGAAAAGUCAGCAUUGCGGUGAUUAAAGGCCUGUCCUACUUGAGGGAGAAACACAAGAUCAUGCACAGAGAUGUAAAACCAUCCAACAUCCUGGUGAACUCCCGAGGAGAGAUCAAGUUGUGUGACUUUGGUGUGAGCGGGCAGCUAAUCGACUCCAUGGCUAACUCAUUUGUGGGAACUCGGUCAUACAUGUCUCCGGAGCGCCUGCAGGGGACCCAUUAUUCUGUCCAGUCUGAUAUCUGGAGCAUGGGCCUAUCCCUGGUGGAAAUGGCCAUUGGGCGUUUUCCCAUCCCGCCGCCUGAUGCUAAGGAACUGGAGCAGAUUUUCGGUUUCCCUGUAGAAGGAGACUCUUCAUCCAGUGAGGCCUCCCCUAAACCAAGGCCCCCCGGUCGGCCUGGCAGCUCAUAUGGCCCUGACAGUAGGCCUCCCAUGGCUAUCUUUGAGCUGCUAGACUACAUUGUCAAUGAGCCACCACCCAAACUUCCCAGCUGUUUUGGUGCAGAAUUUCAGGACUUUGUUAAUAAAUGUUUGAUCAAAAACCCUGCAGAGAGAGCCGACCUUAAGCAGUUAAUGGUGCAUCCCUUCAUUAAAAUGUCGGAGGCAGAGGAAGUGGACUUUGCUGGCUGGCUGUGCAGCACCAUUGGCCUAAACCAACCUGUAACUCCCACCCACAGUGUGGGGAUGUAA